GCUGGAGACUCGGAGAUGCGGAAAACUCGGAGGUUGUCACAGAGAAUGCAGGGUUUGGGAGACGCUAGGUCGCAGCGGAGGUCGCCACUAGGGAACUCAGGGAUGGAGGACUGCAAUAAUGGAUGUUCGGCAUCGUAUGCUGAAGAAGAAGAAUUAGAAGAUUCGGCCGAGUCGUAUGAUGAAGAAGGAGGAUCAGAAGCUUCGACCGAGACUUUUAGGGCCAAAGAUCUCAUUAUCACAAAAGCCGAUGUCUUAAAAAAGAAGCCCGACCCCGGCACGCUGGUCUUUGGAACUUCGUUCACUGACCACAUGCUGAUGGUGGAGUGGACCUCCAAGUAUGGAUGGGAUAAGCCUCACAUCAAGCCUUUUGAAAACUUGUCCAUACAUCCCGCUGCCUCUGUUUUGCACUAUGCCGUGGAACUGUUUGAAGGCUUGAAGGCUUUUCGGGGAGUUGAUAACAAGAUCCGAUUGUUCCGGCCGGACCUCAACAUGAAAAGAAUGUGCCGAUCUGCCGUGAGGACCACUCUGCCGGAGUUUGACAAGGAGGAGCUUCUGCAAUGCGUUCUUCAGCUCCUACAGCUCGACCGAGAGUGGGUCCCCUACUCAACCUCUGCCAGUCUGUACAUCCGCCCCACAUUCAUCGGGAUUGAGCCAUCGCUUGGAGUCAAGAAGCCUUCUAAAGCUCUGCUCUUUGUGAUUCUGAGCCCCGUGGGGUCUUAUUUUUCUAAUGGGACCUUUUCUCCGGUGUCCCUGUGGGCCAACCCAAAGUUCGUCAGAUCCUGGAAAGGUGGGACUGGAAACUUCAAGAUGGGCUGCAACUAUGGAUCUUCCCUUCUGGCGCAGUGUGAGGCGGCGGAGAACGGCUGUCACCAGGUCCUGUGGCUGUACGGCAAGGAAAACCGGCUAACUGAAGUGGGCACGAUGAAUCUCUUCGUCUACUGGAUAAACAAAGAUGGAGAAGAAGAACUGGCGACGCCUCCGCUAGAUGGCGUCAUUCUCCCAGGAGUCACUCGGCAGAGCAUCCUGGAGCUGGGAGAAGAGUGGGGCGAGUUUAAGGUGUGCGAGAGACACAUCACCAUGGAUGACCUGUCCACCGCCCUGGAGGAGAACAGAGUGAAGGAGCUGUUCGGCUCGGGAACAGCCUGCGUUGUCUGCCCAGUUGCCAAUAUUCUGUACAAGGGCCAGAUGCUGCACAUUCCAACCAUGGAGAAUGGCCACAAGCUUUCAAGUCGCAUCAUGGCAAAGUUGACUGAUAUCCAGUAUGGACGGAUCAAGAGCGAAUGGACACUGGAGGUACCCUAAUGGGAGAGCUCAGGGUAUCGGUGACGGGGUGCCACAGAAGACCGACUCCUGUCCUCGAGCUGGGACAACCUGUGACUAGUUUAGCUCCUUGUAGUUCCAUUGUUCAUUGUUACCAAACGAGUUUGUGUCCCCCCCCUCCCCCGUGAGCCAAGAAAAUUGCCAGUGUUGAGUGUCACCUGUGAACAUGAUAGUAGCUGCUUUACUGUACCUUUCCUUGGAAAGCUAUCAAUGAAUAAUUGCCUCCCCUCACUCCAUACCAGAUCCUUAGUAGGAGAAUGGGUUCCCCCACCAAUGAGAUGUCUGUGUGCUGGAAGGGCUACUGAGGAAAUGCCAUAGGCGGCCUCCCUGUGACUCAUGGGCACCCUCAGAGCGGGAGCCCUUUGUUACUUUUGCUGGCUGGUAAGGUUCUGUUGUUUACGUUUGUGUUUGUUUGUUUCUAAUUGGGGAAGAUUUGGGCUCCCUGUGAAGCCCUGCUGGCCUGGUAUUCUGUGAUGUCUGCCCAGGCUGGUCUCAGACUCGGAGCGGGUCUUCCUGUCUCACACAGCCUUCUGGACGCUGGGGCGAUGGACAGGUGUGAUACCUUGAUUUGUUUCUGUCUUUUAAACAAAAGUUUGGUCGGCUGGAUUUCGUUUCUCCGCGCUUCUGUAAGUCCCUGAGUCCGCGCUAAGGUGACCGUGCCCCUUCUUGGUAUCAUGGCCUGCACUAAUGUCACCGAAGGUGUCUGUGAGGCUCACUGCCCUUUUUCUGUAACUAUACCUGGCUGCUCACUGCGCUGCUAUGAGACUAGGGGUCCUGUGCCUUCUAGAUCUUUGUAUCCUCAAAGCCCAGCACAUAGUAAGUAUUCAGUACUUGUUUACCAUGAGAAUGAACAUAGAAGUGUACUUUCUGUCUCUCCAUGCUGAAACCCUUUCGGAAACCACGCCUGAUUCGGGCAGCAUGUAGCAGUAUUUAUCUUAGGCUGUCUUUCUUGUCCCUGGACUCCUCCAGACAGCAUGGAGGAAUUCUGUGUUAAGAUUAUCUUGGAGUUUAAGUGAUUGCCCUGGAAAAAUGAAAUGUUCCAACCAUGUGGAAAUGACAGCUACUGUACAUUAUGUAUGAAAUGCCAAAUAAAGGGACAAGUUGGGAGAUAAA